GAUUACCCACGAGUUAUCAUGCAAUAUUGAGUAAACAUGGCGGCGGGAGCUGAGACGUUGACUCCUUUUGUUUAUUGGGGCCAAAAAACAGAUCACGUUUCAUUGAAAAUUGAUCUGAAGGAUGUUGUUAAUCCCAAAGUUGAUUUGACGGAGGAUGGUCUAAAGUUUGAGGCUGAUGGAACUGGCAUCCGUGGUCAUAACUUGUAUCAGCUGGAUAUAGAUUUUUAUCAUCCAGUUGAUCCAGAUAAAAGUAGAUACCGAGUGUUGGACCGAUGUGUUGAUUUUUACAUCCAGAAGACAGGCAGUGGAGAAGUAUGGCCUCGUCUUACAAACCAAAAAAUCAAGUACCCCUGGCUUAAAAUCGAUUUUGACAAAGUGGCAUAUGAAGAUGAAUCCGAGUCAGAGGCAGAAGAACAGAAGUCUGCAGAGGAUGUCAUGAAACAGCUGGAGAAAGAAUUACAGUUAGACUCAGCCGAUGCCCCAGACUUACCGGACCUGAAGACGGUGUACCUGUUUGUCUACAAUCUGUUCCAGUUUGUGGGUUUCACCUUUAUCAGCUUUACCCUCCUUGUUAAUUUCUUCAAAAACAAAGAAAAAGCGAUGAGCUCGGGAUUUAACCUGGUAGGCAAUCCUUUCAUGGUUUGUCAGACGGCUGCCAUUAUGGAGAUUCUUCACCCUGUGUUAGGAUUGGUCAAGUCAAGUGCAAUAACUCCAUUACUGCAGGUUCUAGGCAGAAAUUUUAUACUGUUUGUUGUCAUUUUACAUGAAGAGAAUACACAGACGGCCCCAUUAGUAUUUUUCUUGCUCCUUACCUGGAGUUCCAUAGAAGUAUUUAGAUACCCAUUUUACAUGUUAGCAGUGUUGAAUAAGAAGAUUUACGCCGUGACCUGGAUGAGGUACACACUCUGGAUACCGCUCUAUCCCUUGGGUUUAUUUCUUGAAGGUAAACAACUUUGCAAAUCAGGUUGGAAAAUGAAGCAUGAAAAAAAGUAGAUUCCAUUUAAAGCAACACAGAAGAGUAUGCAUUGGAUCAGAUGCUCUAGAGACUAUGCACACAGGGUUCUUAAUUUUUGAGUUGGCUUGCAAUAUCGAGAAGACCCUUGUUAUCAGCGGCACUGCACUUCGAAUUUUGAGUACAAACCUUUGUUGACACAUACACGAGAUAAUGCAAAUAGUUCUUAAUCUCUGGUCAUUGAAAUUUCGGCAAAAUUUGGGAAUAUUGUGCAAUAUAUCAAAGUGGUUGGUUUAAACAAAGUAUUGGUUAUUGUGCUCUUGCAUUUAAAUGCAGUGAUACCUAAUUGCAAUAAUAUUUAUGCCCCCGUUUAAAGAAGAGGGGCAUAUUGCAUUGCACCUGUUGGUCGGUAGACACAUGUUGUCCGCUCAAUAUCUUGAGAAUCAUUCAUUCACUUGAUUGUAAUAUUUCAUAUGUGGGUUGGUUAUGAGUAGAAGAGGACCCCCUUCGAUUUUCAGGUCCAAAAGUCAAGGGUCAAUCCAUUCUGGACAUAGGAAGACAUCCGCUCAAUGUCUAGAGAACCUUUUGCUUGAUAGAUAUCAAACUUGGUACACUUGUACAUCUUCAGGAGAAGAUGAUCCCUAUUGAUUUUGAGGCCAUAUGGUCAAAGAUCAAGCUGGACAUGAGAAUAUACUGUCCACUCAAUAUCUUGAGAACCUUUUGCUUGACGUCAAACUUGAUACACUGGUACAUCAUAGGAAACAAAUGACCCCUAUUAAUUUUGGGUUCACAUGGUCAAACUGGACAUAAUAAUAUAUUUUCUCUAUAUUUCAAGAAUCAGUUGGUUGAUUGACACCAAACUUGGUACACUGGUACAUCCUAUGGAAUAGAUGACCCCUUUUUAUGGCGUCGAGCGGUAGCUCAAAAGCCAUAUAGCAAUUGCAUGGCCUCAAAUUCUCUAUGCAACUGCUUAACAGAUUAAACCAAGUGGAUACUCACGGGUGAUUAGUGUUUCAGAUAAUGGCCCCCUAAUCUGUCAGGGGUUGUGCGUAUUUAGCCUUUCUUCAAAGCAGGGGUAACACAUUAAGAAGACUAAAUACUGGUUAAAACAAAUAAUGUGACGUUUUAAAACGUGUACACAAAUCAUACAGAAAUAAUCCAUGUAACUGUUCAUUACAAAAAAAUUAAGCUAAAACAUUUCCUAAAUUUUGGUUCUAAAAUCAAGGGCGCUAAGUAUAGUGAUGUUGAAUUGCAAGUGUUCAAAAUGCUCAAAGCGGUA